UAAUACAUAUCAUGAGAAAAAACGUAUCAAAUUAACUGAAAUUACCAAUAUCUGGCUAGAAGACGCCGUUGGUGAUCUAGAAAUUGCCACUGAAGAUAUAGGUUAUCGAUGUGAAGAGAAGAACGACACCAGAAUUGUGAAAUUAGAACAGACUCAAAAUCUAAUAAUUAGUUUCUUUAGAAAUAUUACUCUGACACCUUGA